AUGUCUGGUGCAAAGAUCCUGCUCUUGCUCCAGAGUCUCACACGUACAAAACCACUGGAGCCCGAAGGAGAGGCGUCCAACUUUCGCCGUUGCCUGACGACUCUUGACCUGGUGGCUUUGGGGGUGGGCAGCACUUUAGGGGCUGGCGUCUAUGUGCUGUCCGGAGAGGUGGCCAGAACUGUGGCGGGGCCCAGUAUCAUCAUCUCCUUCCUGAUAGCAGCCAUAGCCUCAGUCUUUGCGGGAUUGUGCUACGCUGAAUUUGGAGCUCGAGUUCCCAAGACUGGAUCAGCUUAUCUCUACAGCUAUGUGACAGUGGGGGAGAUAUGGGCGUUUAUCACCGGAUGGAACCUGCUCCUGUCUUAUGUCAUAGGGACAUCAAGUGUGGCCAGAGCGUGGAGUGGAACUUUUGAUGACCUGAUUGGAAAUGUCAUUGCCAACUCCCUGGGGAAACAGGCUGCCAUGAACCUGCCAGGAUUAGCUCCCUACCCAGACUUCUUUGCUGCUGCCCUUAUUAUGCUCUUGGCAGGUAUCCUUGCAUUUGGCGUUAAGGAGUCGGCCAUAGUGAAUAAGAUUUUUACAGCAGUUAACAUCUUAGUGCUGAUCUUUGUCAUCCUUGCUGGCUUCAUCAAGGGUGACAUCAACAACUGGUACAUUGAUGAAGAGGCUCUCCUCACUGCAUAUGGAAACACAACAUCAGUAAAUGAAACGAUGAGUUUCGGCACCGGGGGAUUUUUCCCUUUUGGUUUUGAGGGAACAUUAGCAGGAGCAGCUACUUGCUUUUACGCAUUUGUUGGCUUUGACUGCAUUGCAACAACAGGAGAGGAGGUUCAGAACCCCCAAAAAUCCAUCCCGCUCGGAAUCGUGGCGUCCCUCCUCACCUGCUUCCUGGCUUACUUUGGCGUGUCGGCUGCCCUCACCCUAAUGAUGCCGUACUAUUUGCUCAAUAUGAACAGCCCUCUGCCAGUGGCCUUCGCCUAUGUGGGCUGGGAUCCUGCAAAGUACGCUGUAGCCGUGGGAUCCCUCUGUGCUCUGUCGACAAGCCUGCUUGGGGCGAUGUUCCCUAUGCCCCGAGUGCUCUUUGCCAUGGCGAGGGAUGGCCUUCUCUUUCGCCUGCUCAGCAAGAUGAGUGACAGACAGAGUCCUGUCAUUGCUACUCUGGUUUCAGGUGUUGUCGCAGCGAUCAUGGCACUAUUGUUUGACCUGAAGGCACUGGUUGACAUGAUGUCCAUUGGCACCCUGUUUGCCUACACCCUUGUUGCCGUAUGCAUUAUCAUAUUAAGAUACCAAGCGGACUUCAGUAGUGUCCCUAAUGACAACAAACAAGAAGUGUUUACACUCAGUGGAUUAUUUUUCCCUGGUUCUCAAUCUUCUACACGGACCUCAAAGAAUGUGUCUGUUUUGAGCGUUUGUAUCGUAUUUUUAGCCACCAUCUUGAGCCUGUUCAUAUCCCAAGCUGUGACCUCACUGCAGUCAUCAGAGUGGUGGAGCGUGCUCUGUGUUGUCGUGGUGACGCUGACGCUCAUCUUCACUGUCCUCGUCAUUUGGAGACAACCACAAAGCUCAACAACAGCCGCUUUCAUGGUUCCUUUGGUGCCAGUGCUUCCUAUAGCAAGCACCUUGAUCAACAUUUACUUAAUGGUUCAACUUGGAUCAGACACAUGGAUACGCUAUGCAGUGUGGAUGGCGAUAGGUUUAAUCAUUUACUUUGCUUACGGGGUUCAGCACAGUGUGCAGAAGCAAAGGCUCCAAAAUUCACACAACCAAGUCAGUGUUCCCAGUGUCAGCACCACUGUGGGGGAUAACGUUGAAGAUGUCAGCUAAAUCAACG